UUCAUUAUGGACGACGAUCCUUCAGCAGCUCAACUCCCAACGACCACUCCUGGCGAGGUAGAGCACGAGCCAGAGUCUAAUGUGGUCCCCCAAAUCCCCCAAACUACGCUCACCUUUCUCCUUGUCUCUGGUAGACGACGGAAUAUGUCAUUUGACCCCGAGACGACUGUGGGGCGCGUCAAAGAGCUCGUAUGGAAUGCUUGGCCCAGCGAAUGGCAAGAUGAAAGACCUCCUGCACCGUCAUUCCUGCGUAUUCUUUACCUAGGGAAGAUUCUGCAAGAUGAAGAUACGCUCUCUAAACUUAACUUGCCGUCCCAUACGCCAUCCUUAACAGACGAAACCCCGCCUCCUCCUCCCACGAUUGUGCAUCUAGCAAUCAGAAUGCAUGCCCCUACCGCUGAUGAUGUGCCCAAGAAGAAGAAAUCAUCAAGGCGUCGACCAGCGACUACCGGUGAAGGUGCAGAUAGUUCAGCAAGUCCUGAGGAAACCGAGCAAGAUGGCGGCGGAUGUUGUUGUGUCGUGUGCUGA